GGGGGUGGGGGGUAAAAAAACAUAUAAAUACUCCUAAUCUUAAACAUUUUUUCAUAUCUCUUCUCCAAUUCUUCCUAAAUCCUAUUCUUAACUCUCUACUCUCUAAUUCUCUUAUUCUCCAUUCUCCAAUAUAUUAUAUUUAUUAUUUAUAGUUUAUAUUAAUUAUCUACUUAUAUAAACUAUAAAUAGAUAUAAAUAGUAUUAUAUUACUUAUAUUUGUUAUCUAAUUAUAUAUUACUUAUAUAUUUAUUAUAUCUAUUGACAUCACGUAGAGCUCAAGAAAUUGACAUCACUCCAUCCCAACACUUUAUGGAUGAAUCUACAGAGGGUGGCUCUACUUAUGCCGGAGAUUCCGAUUAAAAACAAUUAUAGUUCCUAUUUAAUUUUCAAAUGUAGUACCUAUUUCAUUUCAAAUAAAUGCACUUGAAGUUUGUUUUUUAAUACUUGUAUAAAACUAUAAAGUAUAAAAUAUAAAUUUAAAAAAAAAAAUACCCGGCCCGGCCCGGCGGGUGGCCCGGCCCGAACCGGACCCGUCCAACCCUCGGGCCGGUCCCGGGCCCACUAUUCUAGAACCGGCGGCCCGACCGGGCCCGACCCGGCCCGAAUCCAACCCUAAGUAUGACUGGAUCAAUCUAAGAUUCCAGGACUUUAAAUCAAUCAGUGACUAUAAUUCUGCUAUGUUCCAAAUAACAUCUAAAUUAAAGUUAUGCGGACAAAAAGUCACUGAUGCUGAUAUGUUGGAGAAAAUCUUUUCUACUAUGCAUAUCUCUAACAUGUUGCUCCAACAACAAUAUAGAGAAAAGGGUUUUAAAAAAUACUCCGACUUAAUAUCAGUAUUAUUGGUAGCUGAGCAAAAUAAUGACCUUUUGAUGAAAAAUCAUAAUCUGAGACCCACUGGUUCUAGUCCUUCGAUUUAUGGUCCAACUGGCCAUAAUUUAGUCACUGAAUCAAAUGCAACAUACAGUGGCAGUAGAAGGCAUUUUAAACGUGAGCAUUUUAAUGGUCAUAAAAACAAGUCACACCGAGAAUAUAAACAGGUCAAUAGACCAAAUUAUAAGGGAAAGGGCAAACAAAAGGCCCAUCAAAUAAAUCGCCCUCCAAAAACCUCGGUAAAGACGACUUGUUAUAAAUGUGGCAUGACGGGGCAUUGGGCUAACAAAUGCCGCACUGCAAAGCAUCUGGUGAAAUUAUUUCAAGCUUCCAUGAAUUUGAACAACGACAAAAAUAUGGAAGCUAAUUAUGUCAACGACACGACUCCACUUCUGCCAAAAUUUGAUGUGUCCGACUUUUUCGCGGAUGAUGCCAUUAUGGACAAUGCUUUUGCAAUAAACCAAAAUGUCACAAAAUAAAAUAUUAGACUCCGAUCCUUAUGUGGUAACAUAUUAGUUUUAUGUAUUUUUUCUUUCUUCUGUUUUUCUUUUGUUUUUAAAUAAAUGUGUGUAAUAUAUGUACUUUAUGUUAAAUUAUAUGCACAAUUUGUGAUCAA